AUGGAUCCAGGCAAAACGGUCCAGUCCGGCUCUAGAUCGCCAGGCUCACGAGCUGAGCGCCGUUCAACAUUCUCUUUACCCUUUGCAUUCAUGUCUCCUUCAAGAAGACACAGGCACAAUCCUUCGGCAACUAUAUCAUGGCGUCGCAACGACAGUCAAACCUCAUCUUCAGACUCCCAGAAGCAAUCUCACUGGGUUCAGGAUCUCCAUCGCCGGUCUCUUCACAAAGCUCGAUCUGGCUUGCUGGCACUUAGGGCAGGCUUUCGACGUCCCCGUACGAGUAGCAGUGUGGGCUGUACACCAGUUCACCAUCAAGAAGUAUCGACUGCUAGCACACAGGAGGAUUUGGGCUUUGGGGUUGCCCUUUAUCGAACAAAUGUGCCAUGGCCCACGGCCGAGGAUGAGCCCAGCAUCGAUGUCUUGAUGAGGGCUGCCGCAUUUCACCCACUGGCCAACAUUGCAUCAGCACCAGAAGCUCGAGAGAGACCAGCUUGGGAAUCGAAUGACGCAGAUGCCGUGUUUUCGCAUGGGAGUAUAGCGUUUCACCCGCCUGCAUACCGAUCAAGUUGUGACGAUGCAUUUGAUUCCCAAAACUCUCCUGUCGAGGUGGCCAGCAAGAACGACAUAGAGACGGGCAUUAUGACACAGGAGAUUACAUCAGUUCAUGUUCAUUCAGGAUCAUCGACAGAUUGGGAAACAGUCGAAUCUACUUCAGCAGGCUCCGCUGAAGAGAGGGAUUUGAGAAUUGUCGAUGACUCUCAGCCUAUAUAUUUACCGGAACAGAAAGCCGGUUUGCAGCCAGAGGGAGGAGCACCUAACAGUGGUAAUCUUUCCAUAUCCCACGAAGAGACAGAAUCCGAUGAAGAGAGCCACGGCUUUCGGUCGUGGAAUAGACGAAUGUUGGAGAAUAGAAGAAGCUCAUUUAUGCGACGUUCUUCUGGUGUGUUGAGCACCCUCAGUUCGAACGCUUCUCACAGGCGAAGGAUAAGUUUGAUACAAUCUGAAGCAUUUGGGACCCAGGAGCGGCUGUUAUUGUACGACCAAGGACCACCGAGCCCUGCAGUUGGUACAUGUUCCGAUUCUGCUUCAAGCUUGGGGCACAGCUCUGCAGAUAUCCCAUUCGCAUUUCCUGGUUUAUACCAGGAGUUGUUGGAGCAGUGGGUAGAGGACAGAAAUAGAAGCAGAAGUGAUGAGAAUGUGGCACCGACGACCCUCCCUUCACAUUUGACCAUGCCCACAGUGAACUUUCUAUUUAACACCCCACCGAGAUACGAGUACACCAGUUUUUACGACGAGAACAAUCACGGCCACCAGAGAGAGCGCAGUCUUUCGGAAUCAGAUCUGAUGGAUGGCCGUCAUGGUUUAACGGAGGGGUUGACACCAUCGGAGGCAGUUUCAGGACCGUCUACUGGAGACGAUUUGUUUGAAUUAGAUUGCAGGAUCCCACAGCCAGAGUCAGUGACGACCGCCGAGCUUGAAGAACGCCGCAAUUCAUUUGGAUUGCACAUUUCUAUGAGGAGAAAUGAAUCAAGACUCAACACAAGUCGAGAUGAGAUAUACCCAGUGAAUGAAGAAAUGAACCAGCCAUUUGAGAACAACCAAUCCUAUGGUCGCUUCUGGAGCUAUGAUGCCUCAGAAAACCGAUUCCGAAACGCAGCUCAGUCAGUCCCGGGAUAUCUCUACAUGCAAGGAAGCGCCACAUCGCCAGAAUUUAGAUCGCCCACAUCGACUUCCACCAACAUGUUCUCCCCACUGAGCUCCCCGAUCGACGAGGAAGUGCUUUUCCCGAAUUCCUUCGGAAGGAAUGAGUUUUGGUAUGCGGAUGGCAAGACAAGCAGCCUAUACCCUGACCGAGGUGACCAGCCAGUGCAAUCAGGACUGCAAAUGAGAGGCAGAGCAGUUCACAGUGGGUCUGGUCUUGAUCGCAUUCCAUCAAACGGAUAUUAUCAGAGCCGUGAGACCAAGAUGCCAUUCAUACUGCCCCGAUCCUCUCACAGUACGGUGCGCGAUGUGGUGAUGAGCGGGGAGAGUGAUACUACUGAUGAAUCUUAUCCUAGAAAUCACCAGAACAAUGAGACCAGGAUGCCAUUCGUACCACAACGAUCUUCCAGUACGAUGCGUGAAGUGGUGAUGAGCGAGGAAAGUGAUACUACUGAUGAGUUCUAUCCUGGAGAUAUGCAUUAA